GUCGUGAGUCAUCACAAGAGAUGGGGUUUGGGCCAUUGCUGUUUGUUGUAUUGCUGAUUAGCCCGUACGUUGUUUGUGGUUUGCAUGGUCAACGUGCAAAGGAUGGGAGUGUGAUUGAUCACCACAACGGUACGAGUUCUGAAAAGAAGCUGCCACAUGGCUUGCAUGUUGAAACAGGACGCGAGCAAGAAAACAAUGCAACUUCAGGUAAUCAAGUUAUGGAAGCAAAUGGCAAUCAGGUUGCGCACUAUGGAGGUAGUGGAGGAGGAGGGGGUGGUGGCGGUGGCGGUGGCGGUGGAGGUGGAGGUGGAGGCGGUGGAAGUGGUAGUGGUAGUGGUGGAGGGAGAGGUGGUGGAAGGAGGAAAAGGAGAGGAAAACAUACAUGCGGUAGAAGGGGAGGAAGUGGCGGAGGAGGAGCUGGCAGCGGCGGUGGUGGAGGUGGGGGUGGGGGUGGAGGAGGAGGCGGUGGUGGUGGAAAUGGUGGAGGCCAUGGUUGGGGAAGUGGGAGUGGUGGUGGCGGCGGUGGUGGCGGCGGCGGUGGUGGAGGAGGGGGUGGAGGAGAAGGUUGGGGAUGGGGAGGUGGAGGAGGAGGAAACCAAGGUGGGUGUUGGGGCUGGGGAUGUGGUGGAAAUCAUCCUCCUCCAAGUAAAUGAGCCCUAAAACUGGAUUUGGCAUUUGCAAGCGCCCAAGCAAUGUGUGCCAUAUGUUGUUUGAUCCGGUGACACGUACUACUAUUUCUUUUCUUUUACUACAAAUAAGUGUUUUUAACUAAUUCGGUGCGUUUGAUUUCUUGUUUGUGAAACAAUCCAUUUUGGCAUUGUUGAAAAAAAAGACAAAAAGAAGGAAGAUCCCUUUUCUUUUUGGUGAUUCCAUUGUAGAAUGAAUGAGAAUAAAAUGUAUUCGAGUCUUGGUAAGAGUGAAUUGGUUUCGUGGCAAGGAAAAAGGGUAAAUUGCAGUUGUUAGCCUGCCGCCUUCAGCUUGUGAAUUUCCCCACUUUAUAUCAGUAGCAGCACUGUACUCUUUUAAUAGAAACCCUCCUAUGUUUUGCA